GAUGCAUUAAACCGCCGUCGUCUGCCGCAAACUCGUUGCUGACGACAACAACCACCAACCACAAGCGCUAUGUCUUCACCUGACGCUGCCACACAGGCACAGUUUGUGUCGCUGAUUUCUUCUGAUGGGGAGGAGUUCAUCAUCUCGCGCGACUGCGCCAUGCUCUCUGGCACAAUCAAGAGCAUGCUCGAAGGACCAGGGCGCUUUGUUGAGAAUGAAAGGAACGAGAUUGCCCUUCGCGAGAUCAGAGGCCCCAUCCUGGAGCGCGUGUGCAUCUACCUGUACUACAAGAAACGCUACGACAAGUCGAAGAGCGACCUGCCAGACUUUGACAUCAAGCCGGAGACUGUGCUGGAGCUGUUGAUGGCUGCUAACUUCCUGGACGCAUAAAUGCAACCCAGACAACACAAUUCCAUGUCACGUCGUAUUUGUUGUUGUGCUGCUCCGUGUUUCCCUUAAUUCCACCCGCCUACGUAUUGCUCCUUUGAGCAGUUCCCGUGCUCAUGACGUGUUGUCCUUGCUGACUGACGCGUUCGUGUGAGUCUGCUGCCGCUGCCUGGCUGCACUGCCUUUUCUGUGUCGUUUCACAAUGAAAUCCUAUGCCACUCUUGGCAGAUAGACGACCUAUGCAAGCGAGCACACAUACACACAUGAACCUAGA